AUGGGCCGCCCGGACCGCCAAAGCAUAUUCGGCAACGUCCUCUAUGGCACGUUCCUAUCCGGCACACGGCGCGCUGUCAUGGUCAAACGCUCGAUCGUCAAGGACGAAGCCCAUCCGAUUGCGAGCUCGGUUUGGACGCUCGACUCAAAAGGCUGGCUCGUCGUUGACCCGCUGCCCGAUGGACGCACGCGCGUGCGCAUGCUCGAUGUCGUGGGCCACCCGUGCUCGGCCCGCGGGUUCGUGCCGAUUCUAGACCUCGCGGCCAUGCUGCAAUUGAGGCCGCGCAACGUUGAUGACGCCGUGCGUCUCAUGCGCCAACACUUUGCCGUGAGCCAGGUCCACCAAGCAAAGCAGUUCAAGGACCUUGUCCAGACGCUGCUCCUGGAGCGGCUGCGUCAAGGACCAGAUUCGGUCUAG